GUUUCAUUAGAUCACGGUGGAAACCUGGAACUGAAAGUGUUCAGUCAGUUUAGACUCCAUUUUGGGAGGACAGAGCAGGAGGAAAACUGAAGGCUGAGGCAGGCCUGACUGAAGUCCAGAAGAUGAGUGGUUGUGUGGAGGAAGAGGAGGACAGAGCAGAGUCUCCAGUAUGCAGCUGUCUGUCCUUGAAGAGUGACCGGUCCAAAUCCAAUUUUCCUCCAUACUUCAGUAAUGAACCUGGACCCUCAGACACAAAAGACAGACAGAGAGCAGAGUCUGCAGUAUCCAGCUGUCUGUCUAUGAAGAGUGACCGGUCCAAUGUGUUCUAUCUUCCAGACUUCAGUAAUGAACCUGGACUAACAGACACAAAAGAGAGGAAGAGGAGUCAUGUUUCUGUGGAGGAGCAGCCGUCCUGCUGUGCUUUGUGUCAGGACGUCCUGAAGGAUCCAGUUUGUACCAGCUGUGGUCAAUGGUUCUGCAGACAGUGCAUCACCUCAUACUGGGACCAGUCUGCUUCACCAGGAGACUCCGCCUGUCCUCUUUGUGGAGAGAGAUCCAGAACAAGAGCUGGACUGCAGACAGCCAGUCAGAGCAGCUCUGUACAAAUGAGUGGUGGUCUGCAGGAGGUUUUAGAUGAACAUAAGAUCAGUCUGAGGAGGAGAUGUGAAUGUGUGACUGAAGGAAGUGAUGCAACAGGAAGUAGAACCCUCCUCAAAAGGAUCUACACUGAGCUCUACAUCACAGAAGGACAGAGUGAAGAGGUUAAUACCCAACAUGAGGUGAGGCAGCUUGAGACAGCUGCCAAGAUGGAGACCCUCCAUGAAACUCCAAUCAAGUGCCACGACAUCUUUAAAGCCUUACCUGACCAACAAAGACCCAUCAGAGUGGUUCUGACCAACGGCAUCGCUGGUGUUGGAAAAACCUUCUCAGUGCAGAAGUUCACUCUGGACUGGGCAGAGGGCUUGGAAAACCAAGAUGUUAGUCUGCUGGUUCUGCUCUCAUUCAGGGAGCUGAACUUGAUGAAAGAUGAGCAGUACAGUCUUCUCACGCUGCUCCAUGUUUUCCAUCCAACAUUACAGAAGGUCCCAGCAGAGAAGCUCACUGUCUGUAAACUGUUGUUCAUCUUUGAUGGCCUGGAUGAAAGCAGACUUUCCUUAGAUUUCCACAACAAUGAGGUUGUGUCUGAUGUCACACAGAAGUCAUCAGUCAACUUGCUGCUGACAAACCUCAUCAACGGGAAUCUGCUUCCCUCGGCUCUGGUCUGGAUAACUUCCCGACCUGCAGCAGCCAACCAGAUCCCUCUAUCAUGUCUUGACAGGGUAACAGAAGUACGAGGCUUCACUGAUGCCCAGAAGGAGGAGUACUUCAGGAGGAGAGUCAGUGAUGAAGAGCUGUCCAGCAGAAUGAUCUCACACAUCAAGACAUCCAGGAGCCUCCACAUCAUGUGUCUAAUCCCAGUCUUCUGCUGGAUCACUGCUACAGUUCUAGAGCACAUGUUGAGUACAGACCAGAGAGGAGAGCUGCCCAAGACCCUGACUGACCUGUACUCACACUUCCUGCUGGUUCAGACACAGAGGAAGAAGCAGAAGUACGAUGAGGGACAUGAAACAAGUCUGAUGGAGACGGACAGGAAGGUUCUUCUUAAGCUGGGGAGGCUGGCGUUUGAACAUCUGGAGAAAGGAAACAUCAUGUUCUACCAAGAAGACCUGGAGCAGUGUGGUCUUGAUGUCACAGAGGUCUCAGUGUACUCAGGAGUUUGUACAGAGAUCUUCAAAAGAGAGAGUGUGAUCUUCCAGAAAACAGUCUACUGCUUUGUUCAUCUGAGCGUUCAGGAGUUUCUGGCUGCAGUCUACGUGUUCCACUGUUACACCAACAGGAACAUAGAGGUACUGGAGGCAUUUCUGAGGGAAAAACAUGUUGAUUCAGCCCUUGAUGUCUUCCUGAAGGGAGCAAUGAUGAAAUCCCUUCAAAGUAAAAAUGGCCAUCUGGACUUAUUUGUUCGCUUCCUUCAUGGCCUCUCUCUGGAGUCCAACCAGAGACUCUUAGGAGGCCUGCUGGGUCGGACAGACAACAGUCCAGAAAUCAUCCAGAGAGCCAUCAAUAACCUGAAGAAGAUGAACACAAAAACCUCUCCUGACAGAAGCAUCAACAUCUUCCACUGUCUGAUGGAGAUGAACGACCACUCAGUACAUCAGGAGAUCCAAGCGUUCCUGAAGUCAGAGAACAGAUCAGAAAAAGAACUCUCUGAGAUCCACUGCUCAGCUCUGGCCUACAUGUUGCAGAUGUCUGAGGAGGUUCUGGAUGAGUUGGACCUGCAGAAGUACAACACAUCAUACCAGGGACGACAGAGACUGAUUCCAGCUGUGAGGAACUGCAGAAAUGCUCGACUUUCCUUCUGUGGACUCUCAGAGACUCACUGUGAAGUUGUGGCCUCAGCUUUGAAGUCUAACCCCUCCCAUCUGAGACUGCUGGACCUGAGUCACAACAAUUUGCCGGAUUCAGGAGUGAAGCUGCUGUCUGCUGGACUGGAGAGUCCAAACUGUAGAGUGGAGACUCUGGGAUUGAUUCGCUGCAGUUUGUCAGAGAUCAGCUGUGCUUCUCUGGCCUCAGCUUUGAAGUCCAACCCCUCCCAUCUGAGAGAGCUGGAGCUGAGUGACAACAAGCUGCAGGAUUCAGAGGUGAAACUGCUGUGUGGUUUUCUGGAGAGUCCACAAUGUAGACUGAAGACUCUGGGAUUGAGUAUUUGCAGUUUUUCAGAGAUCAGCUGUGGUUCUCUGGCCACAGCUCUGAAGUCCAACCCGUCCCAUCUGAGAGCACUGCACCUGAGUGACAACAAGGUUCAGGAUUCAGGAGUGAAUCUGCUGUGUGAUUUUCUGGAGAGUCCAAGCUGUAGGAUAGAGACUCUGAGAUUGUGGGAUUGCAGUUUGUCAGAGAUCAGCUGUGCUUCUCUGGCUUCAGCUCUGAAGUCCAAUCCCUCCCAUCUGAGAGAGCUGGAGCUUGGUGGAAACAAGCUGCAGGAUUCAGGAGUGAAGCUGCUGUGUGGUUUUCUGGAGAAUCCACACUGUAGACUGGAGACUCUGAGAUUGUGGGGCUGCAGUUUGUCAGAGAUCAGCUGUGCUUCUCUGGCCUCAGCUCUGAAGUCCAACCCCUCCCAUCUGAGAGAGCUGGACCUGAGUGACAACAAGCUGCAGGAUUCAGGAGUGAAGCUGCUGUGUGAUCUUCUGGAGAGUCCACACUGUAGACUGGAGACUCUGAGAUUGUGGGAUUGCAGUUUGUCAGAGAUCAGCUGUGCUUCUCUGGCUUCAGCUCUGAAGUCCAACCCCUCCCAUCUGAGAGAGCUGGAGCUGGGUGGAAACAAGUUGCAGGAUUCAGGAGUGAAGCUGCUGUGUGGUUUUCUGGAGAAUCCACACUGUAUACUGGAAGCUCUGAGAUUGUGGGGCUGCAGUUUGUCAGAGAUCAGCUGUGCUUCUCUGGCCUCAGCUCUGAAGUCCAGCCCCUCCCAUCUGAGAGAGCUGGAGCUGAUUAACAACAAGCUGCAGGAUUCAGGAGUGAAGCUGCUGUGUGAUCUUCUGGAGAGUCCACACUGUAGACUGGAGACUCUGAGAUGGAAGUGAUCUCUGUCAGAGUGUGAGUGAUGAGAAAGGUGGUGGUGUUGAGAGGGGUUCAGUUGUGUCCUGACGAUCCAGAGAGGUUGAAGCAGCAGCAGCAGCUUGUGUGUGGAGAAGCUCUGACUGGGCCUUGUUACUGGGAGGUAGAGUGGAGAGGAGAGGAGAGCUUCAUCCAGCAGUGACUGACAGAGGAAUCACAACAGUGCUGCAGUCUGAACUGCUCUGAGAUCAGCUCCACUGUCAGACACAAAGUCAAGUCCACCAUCAUCCCUGUGUGUUCCUCUGAAUGUGACCAUCAGUGGAUCUGGACUGCUCUGCUGCUGCUCUGUCACAGUUUCUGCAGACACACUGAGACUCCUCCACUCCUUCUGCUCCACACUCAGCCAUCUCCUCCAGCUGGACCUGGACUUUAUUUCGGUCAGAUAUUAUUGAUAUUAUUAUUAGUGCAGAAUUAUAUAUUUGUUUACUUUUAAAAUAGUCUAUUUUACGAGUAUAUCCCAACAGAUUGUGUUGUUGCAGAAAACUGAACUAAAGAACUGCAAAGUCUGCUGACACUUAUCUGCAGGUUUGUCACUAUGAAAGACCUCUUUCACUUUCACGUCGUUAUCUAAUCCAUUGUUAAUAUGAAAAUAUUGAUUACAGUCGUUUUUAGUCACUGAUAUGUAUCUGGAUGUUAGUGAAAAGCCAGUGGUGUUUUAAACCUUGAUGACACACUGAACACCAGAACAUUUUAAUAACUUGUUAUAGGAUAUGUUUUUAUUUUGACAUUAAAUUAAUCAGCAAAAAAAAUAUAUGUAAGUACUAACUCUAAACUUUAGUGUCAUUAUUAGUGAUUAAGAUUAUUUACUUGUGUAUAUUUGUCCUGUUUUCUCAUUUCAGUUUAUAUUGUUGCAGAACGAACACAAAUCCUGAUAUUCAAAUCCCAUCUUCCUUCUCAUGUAAUGAAAACUUCCCUAAUCAUAAUAUAAAUAUAAAUGUCCUGCAUGUUGGUAUAAAUAAAGCCCAGUUAUUGAAUUACU